CGCAAUGGGUUCUCUCUCGUGAUUGGUGUCUCCUGGGGGACCCCGCCGUUCAGUUUUCACUUUCUUUCUUUUCUGCCCUUCCCCCUCACGCACUUUUUUUCCCUACUUUGGCCGCGAGGUUUUACUUCCGGUUGCCAGCGGUAGGCGGCAAAAAAGUAGACACGUUCGUUCUGGCAGCUGUGCGUCUCUGGCUCUUUGUCGCCUGGGUCUCUAAGGCAGCAUUGUUACGUCAUCGUAGACUGUGUUGGCAGCAGUGCUUUCAUCACUGUGGAUAAUUCAGCUAAAGGUAAAUACUUGGACUGUCUUCAUCCAAGACCAUAGCAUCAUGGGAAAUACGGUUCUGUUGUAGUCCUUAAUUAAGUAUUACCUCUAUGAACUUUCAAGCAGCACUGUUAUUCUGUGACUCAGCCAGAUCUGACCUUAUAUAAUUAUAGCUUUUCAGAACAGGGAACCUAAGAAGAUGGCAACACCAGCUCAUAAAAGCAUACUUGACGACAAUAAAAAUGUUCUCAUCUCUCCAUGGAAAGGAAAAUUAACUAUUCAAGAUUGUGUGCUAUGUGAUAUAACUUUGUGGUCCAAUUAUGGUACAGGAAUUCCAGCACAGUUACCACACAAACUAGAUUUUAAGUAUGUAAUGCAAGUGUCAUCUUUGAAAAAAAAACUGCCAGAAGCUGCUUUUAGGAGACAGAUUUACUUGGAGGAAAGAGUCUGUUUCCAAGAUUUGUGCUUCAAUUUGUAUGAGGCAGAACUGUCAAACAAACAAGGGAAAGAAGUAGACAAAUUAAUAGACUACAUUAAAAAUGAGGAAGUGGCAAUCAUCAAAUGCUUAAAAGAUCGAGGGUUUCUCAUUUUACUUUCAUCAUCAGCCUUAAUACCAGAGCCAGCUAUUGGAGAUGAAAAGUGGAGUCUAAAUGUGUUACAUUUAUUCCAUUCACUCCUGGCAACAGAGGUGAAAGUUUUGAAAAUUGAAGAUGACAUCUCAUGGAAGGUGGUUCCCAUUUUACCUGCUCUUAAUUCUGCCCUUCUGGAAGCAAAAAAAGUACUUCCUGAAGAAGAAACUCAUCCAAACAUAUUAGUAAAACGUAAUUUCCAAGAACUGUACAAGGUGGACAAAAGCCUUUCAUUGACUGCUGCUCAGGAUGGAAAGAAAGAUACCACAUUUUUUGGGACACUGUCUAAUAGUUUUGACUUGGUUCCUUCACCUGAAAAGUGUGCUAUAGAGUCUGUAACUCAGUUGAAGUCUUAUUUUUCAGAUCCUACUGGUUAUACUUUGGAAGUAGCUACUGCUUUGGAUUUGUUAGCAGAGCAUCUUCCAUCUCCUUAUAUUUCAGAUGGAAUUUGUGAUGCUGGAUUUUCUUUAGUUAUGACUCCAGAUCCUGAAUUUCUUGAUUCAGAGGCAGAAGUAAAAAAAGAAACUGAAACAGAAAAGAAUUUUGAAGAAAUGUUUAAAGCAGCGUCAAAUCUGAGAGUACAGCCAAAGAGAAAGGCCGCCAUGCUUUCUGUAGUGCCCAGCAAAAGAGUGAACCUGUGCCACCCAUUUGCCAAAAGAACACCUGCAACAGACAGCAGAUCACAUUCUCCACCAACUCUGAAGUUAGUUAAAGGACAGUUUCCUCAGAAAAGAAAGAGAGGUGCGGAGGUGCUGACUGCACAGUUGGUACAGAAAACCAAACUGAAUAGGAAAAACCAAGACGUUCCUGUUUCUAAAGAGGUUCCUGUGGCAACAAAUGCUAAAACAUCCAGGAGACGAGAGAAAUCGCCAGUCAAAACUGUUCGAGGGGCUAAGUCAUCUAUGAAGAAAUCUUCACAAAAAAAGAGAGUAAAUACAAUAAAGAGCAGUAAGAAUCCCAGAAUCAAAAAGCAGCUGCACGCUGGCAAAGAAGAAACUGCUUUACAGCUUCAAUCAGAAAUUUCAUCAGAUGGUCAAAAAGAUGGAAUUAGUAUAAAUACAGCUCAACCACAAAGUACUACAGUGACUCAAAAAGAUCUUCCUGAAAACUCCAUUAUCACCUGUGACUCCCAGGCCCUAAAUAUGUUAGCUGAUCUAGCAUUAAGCUCUGCUGCCUCUUCCACACCAUUAUGUGAAGCUAAAAACCUUCCCUGCUCCUCUGAAUUGCCACAAAAUGAUGUUUCAUUAUCCAGAGAAGGUUCAGUGUAUGGUACUUCUGACCAUGAAUAUCAUAGGGGACUUAAAAAUCCAAAAGGUGUACUAUUCCCUAAAUCAUCCUGUGAUCAGAAAAGUAAUUCAGAGUCAGACUUAACUGUUAGUCAGGAAGAGAACUUGGUUCCUUGUAAUAAGACACCUGCUAAUGCCCAGUCAAUACUCCAUAAGGAAACAUUAGAACCUUCAGGUGCAAGCCAAAUCUCUCUUAUUAUUGUGGAACAUUCAUAUGCCCUGCUCCUUGGAGAACAUUCAAAGAAACAUCUACUGCAGAGAGGGUUACCAGGCCCUACUUUUGCCAAGAAUGGAACAAAAGGCCCUGACACUGGAACUCCAGUGGGGAAAGUCAUGCCAUUUCGGCACUUGCAAAACCCCUCCCCUCUACAAAAGUUUUCUGAGGAUUCAUGGGUAAAGCGCAGAGGUCGAUUUAUAUCUUCCAACCUGAAAAAUGUAUUUUGCUCCCAUACUGUAGUUAGCUGUGAUGGGUCCGUUAAGGUCACUUUCAAAUGUGAAACAGGAUAUGCAUUCAAUUUGGAUAGCAGAUACUCCAACAACCCACUGGAGAAAACUGUUGUAAGAGCACUGCAUGGGCCCUGGGACAUUAAUUUGCCUGAAAAUAUGGAAGAAACAAAGCUUGUGAUUCAUAUGUGGGUAGCUCUGUUUCACAAAAAUCAGAACAAAGUCAUACAGUCAUCCCGAAAAGUGGUAGAACACAGCAACCCAGCAAAAUAUGUGUCUCUAAAUAGCACAUUAGAAUGUUUUGAACUCAACGAAAUUGAGGAAUCCUCCAGUGUGGAAAGGUGUUCAGUAGAGCCUCUGUUGGAGCCUAAUGGAAUGUCCAGAGGUCGUGCUGACGAAGUAUCCUUCCAUGGCCCUAAUGGCUUCCUACCUUUCAUUAAAGUACCAUCUUCCAGAGGAUUGGAACUCUGUGUACAGAAUGAACAGAAGGAAAUAUUUGCAACAGUGUGUCAUACAGAGAGCCAGAAUUUUAUCUAUUCUUGUAAUAAUGAGGUAAUUGGAGAGAAAGCUAAACAAAAAUCUGCAGAUAAACUAGAAGCUUCUAAUCUUGUGCUUUCUGUUACUGGAAAUACUCAAACUAAUGGACCUUUUAUUUCUGAUGAAGAUAAAACCUUUCAGCCACUUGACAGCAAAAGAAUGGUUUCUUAUAAUGACACUGGCACACAAGCUACAUUCACCAGAACUUAUGUUGAGGCCAACAGUCAGUCAGAGAUGUGUGGAAAGUCUGUUUACAGCCAUCUUGAAAGCAGAGCUGAUAUUUUACAUACAAAUACAAAUGUUGUAAAGGACCUUAUCCAGCAUAGCAGCCCUAUACACAAUGAAGGUCAGUCCUCCUUGGAAAGAACAGAUGAUAAUACGGACUAUAUGAUGAUUAAUCUAGAACCAGUUACUUUCACUUUAGAAAAAAAUGCCUGUGUACCAGUACAUACAGAAGUAAAUGGAGCUGAGAAACCUGUGGCCUUUAGUAUCGAACCGAUUAAACAAGCAUCAUCUGCUGUGAAUGUUAGACAUCCUGUAUCUGCAUUGGAAGAGGCACAAACUAACGGUGUUAAGGACAUUCCAUCUCUAGCAGUAUCAGGACAGAAAAACACUAAGUACCUUUCUGCCUCUUCUGGAAAAAGAGAGACACUUGAUGAUAAACUGCUUUCUUUACAGAAAGAGAUACCUCUUCCCAUCUCAUCACCAUCCUCUGAUAAAGCAUUGAUAAUGGAGGAAUUAUCAUUAGUUAAACCUUCUAGUUAUCCAUUACCCAGUGAAGAAAUGAAACACACUCAAGAUGUCUGCCUACAGACUCAAAAUCUCUCAAGCAUAUCUUCAGAAGGGAUUAUAGAGCCAUCACAGGUUGAAGUCUCACCAUCAGCCUCUGCCUCUUUAGGAAAAAGGAAUUCUUAUGAUUGUGUCCCACCAAAAAAUAAUAUAUCAGAUAAGUCUUUAGAACUAAGGAAGAAUAGCAAGAGAAAUUUAAGCUGUGAAAAUAUGAAUUUUGAAUCAUUUAGUUCAGUGUUUGCCAUGUCAAUCAAUUUGCCAAUGAAUGGGCAGGAGGUCAGCCUGGAGUUACAAGAGGAAAAUUCUGAUAUUGACCUAACUUUAACAAUAUCUCCACCUGCAAGUCCCAGAGAAAGAGUACCAGCUAAUGAAACAGAGCAACUUCAGGAGUCUCCAGGGGCAAAUUUAGAACUUCAGAAUAUAGCUAAAGAAAUAGUUGAGCCAGAAGAAGUGACCCUCAUAGAAAAAAGAGAAGUGAUUUCAGCUAGUUCUGUGUCAGCUUAUUCUACAUUGUCAAAAGAACCACUAGGAAACAGGGAGAGAAAAAGUGAUAGUUCACAACCAAUUACUUUCAUACUUUCUAAACCAAAUUGUACUCUAGAGAUUGGGGAGGAAAUCAAUGUUACGUCUGACUUUCCCUUUAAUUCUUUAAUUGAAGACGUAUCACCAGCUUCUAGUCUUGAUUCCCCAGUACCAAUUGAAGAAACACAGUCAUUUCAGGCUGUGUCUCCAGGUAGUUUAAAACUUUAUGCUGCACAGUGUGAGAAAACUAACAAAUUCUCCCAGAUUGAGUCAGAUGAUUCUGCUGUAACAGAAAAAGAAAAUUCUUUUGUUGGUCCUACCACCCAUCUAGAGGGACAAGAAAUUCAGCUACAGCAAAUUCAGCUGUCUGCUAAAAUGCCUCUGAUAUUAACUAGUCAUCCAGCAAAAAAAGAUAGACUAAUAUUCUCUGGUAAAACAACUGAGGAAAUUGCCCCAAGUGAGCAUGGUGAAGGUUUCUCUUUCUCAGAAGAGGUGCAGUACUAUGACCCAGAGUUAAGCAAAGCUGCCUUAGCUGCCAAUUAUGGAAAUAACUUCAAGCCAUCUAUUGAAAAACUGGUAAAAUCAGGAAAUCCCUUGCAGCCAGUUAGUAUAGAGAAUAAAAAUUUGGGCUUUAAACAUCUUGUUUCAGAGUCCAACGAACUCCCAUUUAGUUCUACAAAGACUAUUGAAAAUAAGUCUUUGGCUGACACAGUUUCUAAAACUGCUGUAAGUGGCAUAAUGAAUAUACCAUUAAAAGAACAGGACAGCCCUGAAAGCAUAAAGGAAAACGUCUAUGAUAGUGACUUGAAAACAGAUAGUGGCAGUUAUAUUCAGGUUAAGUUUAUGAACUCUGUUCCUGUUGAUGAAACUGAUGUUACACAGAUACACGUGCAACCAGAGACCCCAGAGUUUUGUUCUGCUUCAGAUAGUGAUAUAUUCACACAGUGUGCAAGACCAGAAAGUAUAGAACGAGGCUUUCAGACACAGGAAAUAUCAGUCAUCAGAAUGGCUAAUUUGCUUGGGAAUAGUAGAACUGAAGCUGAAUUACAUGAAGAAGGUACAGAUCUGGGUGCUGUCAACCUUCAGUCCAGCUCCGGAGCUUCUACCAAAAGCAAACAAGAAUCAGUUCAGACACAGUCGGGCACAUCUGUGUGUGAAAAAAAAGAGCCGUUGAGUGGUGAGAUUUUGCCCAUGGAUGCAUGUCCUUACAAUAGUACUGUACACACCAAUGAAAGCAUCAGUGAAGAAUCUUCUGCUACCUUUGUUCCAGAAUCUUUUGACCAUCUUGUUUAUGAAGUUUCUAAAGAAUGUAUAGACCAAAAGAGCACUAAUGAAGGGCAGAAGGAUGAGGCAGAUUCUAAAAUCCUGGGCAAAAGUGUAGCUGUGAGUGUGAAUUAUGACAUGCACCAUGACCCAUUUUCUGGAGAUUCUGAUGAAGACUCCCUCGAUAAUUUUAGAAAUCCCAGAUUAGAUAUGGAGAUUUCCAGCAUUUUGAAAAGUAGUUAUACUGGCAAAAAUGAACAAGCUGUGAAAGAUGACUGUGACUCUCUCGGUAGCUUUCACAACAGUGAUAAUGAAGCUUGCAACUAUUCUAAUGAAGUUGAAGGGCUGGAGACAAGCAUUCUUCCAAGAAACUGGGCCACUGGAUUAAAGCAAGCAGAUAAGUGCGUGCCACAUUGUGUCCAAAUCCAAGAUCUUUACGGUAUCCCCAGGAUUUACACUAACUUUACUGUAACAAGAGAAUUCAAAGACAUGACAAGAACUUUGCAUAGGGUGAGAAGGGACCCUAGUUUCACUGUAAACUGUGGCCUGCUCAGCUCCUGGACAAGCACUUGGCAGGUGGCAGAUAACCUCACUCAGAACACUUUAGACCUGGAGUACCUGCGUUUUAUAUAUAGGUUAAAACAGUUAUUCAGGAUGGAAGGUUCUCGACAAUCUGACUCACCUCUGCAAAUUUCAUUGGGAGAUUUCCAUUUGACAGAAAUGCCUAAGCCCCCAGUUCUGAGUCCUACAUACAGGAACAGAAGCCCCAUUCUGGUAACAGUCUUACAUUCUGAUACCAGAGAGCAGAGUGAGUACAGAAGUGGCCAUGCACCCAGUGAUGUGGAUAGCUCUUCCUCAUUUUGGAAGGAAAGAUGUAGUCAUAAUAGAAAUCUUGCAGAUUCUCAAAGUAAUCAGACUAUUUCAUUCCACCUCAACAAACUGAGGUACAACAGUACUUCGAAAGAAUUUCGGAAUGAUGUUUCCCUCAUUCUUAAUGAAUAUGCCGAGUUCAAUAAGGUGAUGAUGAACAGCAGCCAUGCUGAUUUCCAGGAUGAAGAGUUAGACAGGACUUCUGAAGAAGCCAUAUCCCAAGAGAUGUAUCCAUCUUUUCCAAGACAGACCACCUCCUAUGAAGACAUAAUUACAGACUUGUGUGCCAGUUUGCAUACCAAGCUAAAUAGUGUUCUGAAAGGGACUUGUAAGAGUCCUUUCUUCUUUUAUCUUGUUGAAACGGAAGACAAAACAUUCUUUUCAAGAACAAAGAACAUUCUGAGGAAAGGAGGCCAUACAGAAAUUGAACCUCAGCAUUUCUGUCAGGCUUUUCACAGAAUGGAUGAUACUCUAGUAGUCAUCAUCAGAAAUGAAGACAUAUCUUCACAUUUGCAUCAGAUUCCUUCUCUGCUGAGGCUGAAGCGCCUCCCUGGUGUCAUCUUUGCCGGAGUAGACAACCCUGAAGAUGUUCUGAGUGACACACAUCAAGAGCUGUUUUGCACAGGGGGCUUUGUGGUAUCAGAUGACAAAAUAUUAGAAACUAUAACAUUAGCUCAGCUGAAGGAAAUUGUCAAAAUCCUGGAAAAACUAAAUAGAAAUGGAAGAUGGAAGUGGUUGCUUCACUACAGAGAAAAUAAAAAACUAAAGGAAAAUGUAAGAAUGGAUUCAGUUGCUCAUAAAAAGAACUUAAUACUGAGAUCAUAUCAGAGUGCAAAUAUCAUUGAAUUGCUUCCGUAUCACCAUUGUGACUCUCGGUCACAAACAAAAGCAGAAGUUUUGAAAUGUUUGAUAAACCUACAGAUUCAGCAUGUUGAUGCCAGAUUUGCUGUCUUCCUAACAGAUAACUAUAUCUCCAGUGAAGUCUUUGGAAAUAAUGGAAUCCUUGCUACAGAUACAAAUCACUUCAUUGAGAAUAUACAACAAGUAGCAGCUCCAUUUAGAAGCAGCUAUUGGUAAUUUAGCUGCAGCUUAUCUACACAGGGAGGAUACCACCAACAGUAUUUUCCUCCUUUCUAUUAAAAAAAAAGAUGCAAACAGCUUCCUCGUAUUUGAAAACUCAAUGUUCUACGACUCGGAAAUUUUUCCUCCACUUUUUAGAUUUUGCUAGAAUGUCUAACUUUAUAGUGGCAGUUAAUUGCCAUUAGACUUGGGCUGCAGUGUUGAAUACGAUUCAUUUUUAUUUGAAACAUCAUGAAUUCAAAGCUAUAAACUGAACAAGAAUUUGGUAACAUGUAGUCAGAACACAAAUAAGUAUUUUAAUAAGUAGCUUUGUUUUUGCAUGUUAAUAUCAAAAAAGCCUGUGAAAUGCAUGUUGUAUGGUAUUUUCAGUUUUACCACUUGUAAAGAACUGUAAUUUUUAAAAAAUGGUUUUAUUUGCUGUUAAACAAGCAACACUACACUCUUUUGUAAACAAUACGCAUUUAUAAACUUUUCCACUUAGUUCUUAAUACUACACUAAAAUCAACCAUUCAAAAAUAAUCUUUUAUUUAUGAUAUUGGAAUUUCUACGGUAAUCUUUAAAACAAAACCAUUUAUAAACGAUGCAUAGUAUCUAUUUGGAGCAGCAGUUUUUUAUAACUGAUUUGUUGUUGUUUUUUAAUAAAGACAACUAAAAAUA